UCUGUAAUGGAAAGCGCUGAUUUAAGUAAUGAAAGGUGAUGAAGCUAACAGCUCGAGUUUGCUGAUGUCAGUUCACGCUACCCCAGGAAUUAUGUAUAAUCUAUGGAGUGACCAGAACUUUGAGGCUGAUCCCGACCUUCCUCCAGGAUGGAGGACAAUCCACGAUUCUUCCGGGACCUAUUACUGGCAUGUGCCAACAGGAACCACUCAAUGGCAGCACCCAAUGUACAAUUCAGAAAAAUCUCAUAGUUUAAGCACCAGUCAGGAAAAGAAAGUCCAUAGGAUUUCAGUCAAUGAUGUUUUUCCAGCUCAGCCAUUUCCUGCAACAGCGUCUGCCUCUGACAGAAGGUCUUCUCUUCCGUGGCACGAUGAGGAUUUAUUUCUCAAUAUUAAUGAACCAGGAAGUAAGAGUUUUGCUGUUCAUUGUCUCGGCUGGGUGGAAAUCCCAGAAGAAGAUCUGGCCCCUGGUAAAAGCAGUAUCACGGUUAACAACUGCAUUCAGCAGCUGGCUCAUACUAAAUGUGACAGUGCUGACAUAUCAGCUAAUGAUGGACAAAAUAUGGUCAUGAUUCUGAAGAAAGAUACAAUGACACUGGUGGAUCCACUAGAUCACAGUCUGAUUCAUUCGCAACCCAUCAUCAACAUCCGCGUGUGGGGCGUCGGUUGCAAUAACGGAAGGUAUGCGGACUUUGCCUUUGUGGCUAAUGACAAAGACACAUGCAUGCUGAAGUGCCACGUGUUCCGCUGUGACGUCCCCGCCAAAGCCAUCGCCAGCGCCCUACAUGACAUGUGCUCCAAGAUUAUGGCAGAGAGAGCCGUGGCCGGUAACACCAUGACCCGUUCCCUCACCGUAGACACCAUCUCGCCGGAAGACUUGCCUGUGCAAGUUGAUAUUCUGGAUACGGUGCGAGAGUCCAUUCAGAAAUAUGAAGUGCUUUACCUUGGCAGCCUGCCCGUCUCAAAGCCAAUGGGGAUGGAUGUGUUAAAUGAUACGAUAGAGAACAUGAUCAGCACCACACUCAGGGAACAGUGGACAGCAGCUGCCAUCGAAGUGACGGACACAGCGGUGACUGUACACCAAAGACAGGCUGCGGAAGAGGAACCCAUUUGGCAGUGUCAGGUUCGGUUUGUGACAUUUAUGGGCGUUGGGAAAGACCCUCACACCUUCGCAGUGAUCGUUGAUGUCGGACAGCAGUGCUUCCAAUGCACAGUAUUCUGGUGCGAGCCAGACGCUGGAAACGUAUCUGAGGCAGUGCAGGCCGCCUGUGUGGUCCAGUAUCAAAAAUGUGUGGUAGCCUCGUCAUCACGGAUGAAGUCAAGAGGCGGAACUGGAAAAUCCCUCCUGAAAAUAAAGAGGACUGCGUCUGUGGACUCCCCAAUUUCUCCUUUCAACUCGGCAGGUCACACACUUCAGAAAAACGGGGGGACGAGUAGAAGAAGAGGAGUCAUGGCUUUCUUUGAAACGUUUAAGCAGAAACACGUCAGGCAUGCCCCUUAAACUAGGCUCGUUACCCAGGACAGAUCCGCCUUUUUAAUCACUUGUUUUAUAGAUAUUUUAGACAGUUUGUUUGUUGUUUACUGUAAUUUCACAACUAACUACUUUAUUAUAUCUACUUAACUCUGGGACAAUCCAGGUGCUGAAACCUUAUCGUGCUGCCGGUAACGCGUGUUUGGGGAGAAUAUAGAAUACUGUGAGUUUAUUGAAUACUGUGUUGCAAUGAUGGAUACUGCAGUGUAGCAACCAAUCAGAUAUUCACUUUUAACACUCUCUUGUAGACAGACUAGUGUAAUCUGAAUAUUGAUUGGUUGAUGUGGGCCACAGAACAUUAUUGAUUUUGCUCUUUGCAGUGUUAAUAAAUAAGCUCCAGUAUUUUAGGGCAACUGUAGAGAAUGAUACUAACAUGCAUAAGGGGAGACGUAUCAAGACUUGGGGAGAGAUAAAGUGGAGAAGUUGGCCAAAGCACCCAAUAGCUCCUAAGGGGUAUAUUUAGUAAAAGUCGAUUUUGAUUGGGUUUGCAUUGAUUUUAGAUUGAUAGUAAUCGAUCUAAAUCAGCGUGUUUCCAGGGGUAAAACACACAUUUACUAACAUUUAAAAAUGAAUAUAUAAAAAAACAUCUGUUAGUAAAUGUGUGUUUAGCCCUGGAAACCCAACAUCGAUUGAGAUCGAUUUUCAUCGACCUAAAAUUGAUGAAAACGAUUAAACUCGACCUUUAGUAAAUAAACCUCUAUCACUGUGAAACUUUGCUAGAUAAAGACAGUUAAAAGCUGAUUGGAUGCUUUGGAAAACUAUUUUACUUUGGGGUCUCUUUACUAAGCCUUGGAUGGAGAUAAAGUGAAGAGAGAUAAAGUACCAGCCAAUCAGCUCCUGUCAUGUUACAGGAUCUCUCCCAUAAUGUCUUGCGUUCCUUCUUACCAACAGGUAGUCUUUUGCUGUGUUCCUUUGUCAUGUACAGCAUAGAAUAUUGUGUUAUUGAAUGUUUUUGCGCCUUUCCCAGUUAGUAUAGUGUACCUGGCCCGUAUACACAGUGGGAGCGGCCAUUUUGUGGGAUUAACCACUGCAGACUCGUGAAGGCUGCUCAAACAAUAGAUCAGUAGAUGGCGGGCUUCUCUUUGGCGACUCGCAGCAUUAGUUACCAAGGUGCGCGCCACUUUUAGCGUCAUAACAGCAUCUAAAAACAUCUGUUGCUGGCGGGAAAAUGUGCUAUGGCUGAUCUGGAGAAGUGCAUGGACACUAUCAACACUGUGCACAACCGGCAUCUGCUACUUUGUGAGGAAAUAUGGUCGAUCGCUAAGAUGUUCUGACCUUAAAGUAGACGAUCCAAAAUCUGGCCAACCCUGACCUCGUGCCUAAUGAAGUGAAGUUCAUGCCUCAAUGACGUCACUAUUUCCAAGUAAUAGUCUGCAUUUACUGUAGAUGAAAAUGGGUCAAACCUAUAAAAUGGCUGCCUACAGUGUAGAUGACUUUCCUUAUAUGCUGUCAAAAACUAGCUGAGCACAGUGGUGGUCGGCUUAAGGUGGGGUACUUAUUACUCGGGCCAGGGCUUGCUGGAGGGGCCUGGCUUGUACCUGCAUCAGCUGCUAAGGGGGGGACAUUGCCUCCCUUUUGCAGCACUGCUGAGGAGGACAAAUGUCCUCUUGUGUAACCGCUGCCCCCUGUGUGGUUGUCACUACCUGUGCAGAUGCCAGCAUCGCUUUGCGGCACUAGGAUUCUUCUUUUUCUUUUUGGAGGGGGCGUGACCAUGUCCCCUGGAUUUGCCCAUGCCCCCUUCAGUACCUGAACCCUUGUCCAAUCUCGGCAGGCUGUUUGUGCAUGGGGUUAAGGUCCAAUAAAGGGGAAGUAGUGACGGGAUCAACAGUCUCUAUGUUGACAGUGACUAUGUCAAUCCUGGAAUGCAGUCGCCAGCAUGUCGACAAAGUUGACAUGCUACAUUACAGCAUGCUAACCAGAUUAGCAGUACAACUUUAAACAUGCUGCUUUACCAGCCAUUUUAUAGCUGUAAUGCCAAUCUUGUUAACAUGCUCUAAGUAGCAAGUCAGCUGUGUCAAAAUGCCGACACCUGUAUUCUGGGAAUGACACAGUCACUGUCGACGUAGUGACCGAUGACCCCACAUGACCAUCCUCACUGAACAGCUGUCGAGCUGAAAAUGGACUGUCACUGGUGUAAGAAGUAGUAAAUGUAAGAUAAAGUCAUGUUAAUAAAUAUAUAUAGUGAAGAAUAGUAAAUGCAACUGUUGUUUAAUCCCUGCUUGAUAAUCAAAAAGCAGGAGCUGCAUUGUAAUAUAUGGUUUCCUUGUACAUAUGUAAUAGCACCACUAGUUUCUCAGUGGGCUUGUUCUUAAUAAAUUUUGGGGCAGUAUACUAAAAAAAAAAUAUAUUCUUGAUUAUUACUUUUCUUUUAAUAUUUCAAAACCCAUCUCGGAGCGCAAUGUGAAUUAUUAAACAAUAACUUUACCUAAAGGUCAACACACCUGAUCACUGUGUUAUAAUAAGCAUGGAGAAGUGUACUGCAGAGCAAAAUAAAACAGCAAAAGUGGCAAUGUGUAUAAUCCAAGAAUAAACCGUUGUCCUAUA